AUGCCCACGACAACGCUUAACGACACACUCAUAAACGCGCCUGACAGCGACUUAUUGUCGACGGUCGCAUCUCCAGCGCCAACGAUACGGAUCAACGUUCAAAACACCCCGAGAGAUGGCGUCGAUCCGAUUGUACCACGCAUGUUCCCAACUGUUCGCGUGUCGUUCGCCGGGUGCCGCGCGGAGGCUCGGUACGCGGUGCUGCUGGACGUGGUCCCGGUGGACGGUAAGCGCUACCGCUACGCGUACCACCGCUCCUCGUGGCUGGUCGCCGGCAAGGCGGACCCCCCAGCGCCCGCGCGCCUCUACCCACACCCCGACUCGCCCUUCUCGGGAGACCAGCUUCGCAAGCAGGUCGUCUCCUUCGAGAAGGUCAAGCUCACCAACAACGAAAUGGAUAAGAAUGGACAGAUCGUAUUGAAUUCGAUGCACCGGUAUCAACCGCGCAUCCACUUGGUAAAGGUCCGCGAGGGAGGCGGCCCCAUCACAGACCUGUCCCGCGAACAGCAUAGGACCUUCGUCUUCCCUGAGACAGUAUUCACGGCUGUAACCGCAUACCAGAAUCAGCUGAUCACAAAACUCAAAAUAGACUCCAAUCCAUUCGCUAAGGGCUUCAGAGAUUCCUCGCGGUUGACUGAUUUUGAUCGGGACCCAAUGGAACUAAUGUUGAUGGAGCAGCAACUACUCAGAUCCCCUCUUCGUUUAUACGCCGGCACUGGUUCCAGUGAAGAAGAGGCCGAAAAACGGGCAGCCUGGGCAAGAACACCUCCAGCGCUACAACUGCUGGCGUUAGGCGGUCGACCGUGGCCCACUUGGCCACAGCCCUUGAGCCUGCCACCAGAUCUGUGGCUACAGAAACCCACAGCACCCCUUCGUUAUUGCCCAUACCCUCCCCCCGCGCACCCUUCAGCCCAAUCUUCGCGGCCGGAGCACACCCCUUCACCAAGACAUCCAAUGUAA